AACGUCCCUCUCCUUUCUGCCUUCUCCUGCAGAACUGACACCUUGCAAACCUGCUGCAGUAAGCAAUGGAAACCAUGCAUGAGCUGAUCCCCUUCGCCAAGGAGAUGAUGAGCCAGAAGCCCAACAGGAAGAUGGUCAAGAUGUACAUGCUGGGCAGUGCACUGGCGUUCCUCGGGGUGGUUAUUGGCCUGGUGGAGACGGUCUGCAGUCCCUUCAUCUCCGAAGGGAGGCUAGAAGAGGAGGAGGAGAAGAAACCCACCCAAAGGCCAGAGCAAAAACAUCCCCAGAAACAGGAGGAUUUGAUCUUGGAUAAAAGCAAGAAGCCAGUGGCAGCACAGAGGGCCCUGGUGACCAGGCAGCCUGGCCUGUAAGAGCCCCAGGGCCGAGCAACCAAGCACAAGAGACUCUGCUGUCCCCUCGGUGGUGGUUCCAGCAAGAAGAGAGAAGAGUUGGCUGAAGGAGGAGACCCCAAGUGCAGGACUAGAGAAGGAGUGAAUGGUUUUAUUUGCUGCUGUGCAGCAGUGGGGAAACAAUACCUUUUGUUGGUAUGACCCUGUGCAAGAUGCACAGCCUGGUUUCUUAUUUUUCUUACAGAAGCAUUUUACACCAUUUUGCAAAAAUCAAUAAAUAUUUUCUAUGGUA